AUGCCCCCGGGUCCUCCAGGACAUUGGUUCUUUGGGAACACCCCACCGAGAUCUCACGCAUACUUGUACUACAACGAGCUGGCUAAGACAUAUGGCCCGGUAUUCACUCUGCGAUAUGGCUCCAAGCAUGUCUGCGUAAUCACUGGACAUCAGGCCGCAACUGAUAUCAUGGUCAAGCAAUCCCACAAACUCGCAGACCGUCCACAGUACAUAGCUGCAGGCGAGGUACUCUCGAAAGGCAUGCGUGUACUCAUCACCAGAGCCGGGCCGCGUCUACGGAGACUACGAAACGCUCUACACGCAGCGCUCCAGGCGCGCGUCUCUGUCGCGUACGUGCCCACCCAAAUGCAAAACGCGCGCAUCUACGUGCUCGACAUUUUGGACGCACCUGAACAUCACUUGGAUCAUGCGAGGCGGUAUGCGGCGAGCGUGAUCAUGUCCGUGACAUACGGAAAAACCACCCCGACCUCGUACUCUGAUCCCGAGGUCAAACAAAUCAACAAAAUUGCCGCACGCCUAGGCGACGCCCUCAGGCCCGGAGCAUAUCUCAUCGACACGUAUCCAUGGCUGAGAUACGUCCCAGGCAUGACGUCCAAGCUCGAGCAGUGGCAUAGAGAGGAGAUCGGCCUAUACCGAGGCCAGGUGGAUGCAGUCAAGCAACGGCUAGCGGAGAACGAGGUGCAACCGUGUUUUGUGACUUACCUCCUCGAUCAUCAAGAAGAGUAUGGCUUGUCGGAUGACGAGCUUGCCUAUGUCGCCGGUUCGAUGUUCGGUGCAGGGUCAGACACUACGGCCGGCGCCCUUGGCUUUGUCGUGAUGGCGGCGGCAAAGUACCCGGACUCGCAACGCAGGGUGCAGGCGCAGCUUGAUGAAGUCAUUGGCCGAGAUCGCUCGCCUACCUUCGCUGAUCAGGACGAACUGCCAGAAGUUUGGGCCUACAUACAGGAAUCAUACAGGUGGCGGCCUGUAGCCCCCGCAGGCAUCUCGCACGCAGCAACGGAAGAUGUCUUUUGGAACGAAUACGUGAUCCCCGCAGGGACUGAAGUUAUAGGUUGUCAUUGGGCGAUAGGUCGCGAUCCAGAGGUCUUCCCGGACGGCGACAGCUUCAUACCCACGCGCUGGCUGGACCCAAAGGGACAUAUCAAGGAAGACUUGCGAAUCUUCAAUUGGGGCUUCGGACGGAGGCUAUGCCCUGGACAGCAUCUUGCAGAUAGGUCGCUCUUCAUCAACACCGCGCUCGUUUUGUGGGCAUUUGAGAUUUCCGAAGACCUGGCGCAUCCGAUCGAUAAUAUGGCCCUCAAGGAUGGUGCGCUUGCGCACCCGGAACCAUUCACUGUAAAUUUCAAGCCGAGGAUCACUAGUUUGAGGGAAAAGCUUGCGUCCUACCGAGAUGAUUCAUGA